GUCAGCGCCGCGGAUGGUUCCAUAGACCUUAUUGGUGGCUGCUGCACGAUGUGCGCGCGCGCCUGCGUUUCUUCUGAAACGUGCGAGAGGAGCUGAACACCAGUCGGCCGGUCGCGCGCGGAUUUCGUUCUCCCCUCCUUAACCUGUCCCCUCCUUGCUCUGCCUCCUGGGACUUUCCCAAGUCUCUCAGCCAGACCUUUUCAAAAGAAUGUAGCUGCGCCGCUCAGGUGCGGCGGCCACGACCGACCUGCUCCGACUUCUUCGCUCGACGAGUUCUCUUCGGGAGUCCAGGGGUUGUUUUGCAACCCGCGGACUCCGGGCUCGCGACAGAGCGCGGGACCACCAAGCGCCCAGGCAGCCGCGUCAAGCUUCAGGCGCUCCCAGAGACGCGCAGUCUACAGACUCUCCGCUUCCAGAGCCGCCGCCGAAGUAUACACAACGGUGCUUGCAGGCGCCCGGAAGCCGAAGCUGCGCGGAGCUGAAAAGUCAGCUUCUGGUUCGUCUCCCUUCUCCUCCUUCGUACCGAGAUCCCUUUCGCCUGGGAUUCUUCUUUCUCUUGGGAGCGCCUGAGCCGUCGAGGCAAAAAUGGGCGCCGGCGAAGCAAGGAGCGGACCCUUUAAGUCAAGAGGGGCUGAGUGGGAGGAGAGUUUGUGGCGCGGCGAGUUUGAGGGAGCGCAUAAGUAGCCUGUGGAGACCGAGGAGGCGGCCAACCGGAGCGCUUGCCUCUUUUCGCUGCGUCCGCACGAGAUCCUCUCCUUCCAGCGCCGACCGAGAAACGGCGCCCAGACCUGCCUAGAAGAGAACGCCCGGCGCCCGAAGCCCUCGCUGGCUCCUCCUCCCGCCUUCCUCCCACAUGGGCCGCGGGGAGCUUUCCUUUGGCCGCCGGGGCUGCUCUUAGGGAGUGCGAAGGGUUCCUCGCAAAGUGACACCCGCAGCGGCUGCGGCAGAAGAAGGCUGGGAGGCAGCAAGAAGAGAAGCGGAGGGCUUUUCCCUCUGCUAGGUGCUUCCCCGGUCUUUCCCUCCGUUCCCCGUUCCUCUCGGCGGUCUCUGAUGCGUUACUGGCCCCGGCGGAGGACGGCGGCAACCCUGCGGGAGGAGCCAAGGGUGGCGCUACUUUGAUGUUCCUGGCCGAGAAGCGUCAGAAGAGCUGAUCUUUCGUGCUCAGGAUGAUCGAGGAGGACGCUGCUCUGAGGAACGGCGGCAGGGGGCUCUCCGGCCAGUGGGCAGACGCGGCGGCCGCUCGACCCCGCACCACCGAGCGACACAUAACGGUGCACAAGCGCCUGGUGAUGGGCUUCGCCAUCUCCAUCCUGGCACUGCUGGUGGUCACCAUGAUCGCCGUGCUGCUCAGCGUGCGUAUCGAGGAGUGCAGCAGCGGCAACGCGUCUGACGGCCCAGGAGGCAGGGCGGGCAACCGGAGUGUCCCGGCGGCAGCUGCCGCCGCAGCCCCCGCAGGAAGUGCCCGCCUGAACCAGAACAGCGCCGGGGAAACCCCUGGAAGUGCAGGCGAAGAGAAAGUGGCGUUGGAAGCUGCUAGAGGGGAAGAAGAGGAGGAGGAGGAGGAGUGGCCGAGACGGCGGGAGCAGCAGCCCUGGACCCAGCUGCGCCUUCCCGGACACCUGCGCCCCCUCCACUACAACCUGAUGCUGAGCGUCUUCAUGGAGAACUUCACCUUCAGCGGCGAGGUCAACGUGCAAGUCGAGUGUCUCAACGCCACCCGUUACAUCGUUCUCCACGCCCACCGCAUGCACAUCGAAGCAGUCCGCGUGGCUGAGGACCGGCUGGCCGGUGCCUUGAACGUCUCUGGCUUCUUCCUUUACCCACAGACCCAGGUCUUCGUCAUAGUCCUCAAUCGGAGCUUAGAGGAACAGAGAAGUUACAACCUUAAGAUCCUCUACAACGCUCCGAUCGAGAACGAGCUUUUGGGGUUUUUCCGCAGCUCUUAUGUCCUCUACGGGGAAAGAAGAUUUCUUGCAGUUACACAGUUUUCUCCUACACAUGCCAGAAAAGCCUUUCCUUGCUUUGAUGAGCCUAUCUACAAAGCCACAUUUAAAAUCAGCAUCAAACAUCAAGCAACUUAUUUAUCUUUGUCCAAUAUGCCAGUGGAAACUUCUGUUUCUGAAGAAGAUGGAUGGGUUACCGAUCACUUUUCACAGACUCCACUCAUGUCCACAUACUAUUUAGCUUGGGCUGUUUGCAAUUUUACAUACCGUGAGACUACCACAAACAAUGGUAUUGUAGUACGAUUGUAUGCAAGACCUGAUGCCAUUAGAAGAGGAUCUGGGGACUAUGCUCUAAACAUUACACGGAGAUUAAUUGAGUUCUAUGAAGAUUACUUCAAAGUACCCUAUUCCUUGCCAAAAUUAGAUCUGUUAGCUGUGCCUAAGCAUCCUUAUGCUGCAAUGGAGAACUGGGGAUUAAAUGUUUUCGUGGAGCAAAGGAUACUCUUGGAUUCAAGCAUUUCUUCCAUAUCAUAUUUACUGGAUGUCACCAUGGUUAUUGUGCAUGAGCUAUGCCAUCAGUGGUUUGGUGAUCUUGUAACUCCUGUAUGGUGGGAAGAUGUGUGGCUAAAAGAAGGCUUUGCUCACUAUUUUGAAUUUGUUGGAACUGACUAUCUCUAUCCAGGCUGGAAUUUGGAGAAGCAGAGGUUUCUGACUGAUGUCUUACAUGAAGUCAUGUUACUGGAUGGCCUGACAAGUUCACAUCCAGUGUCACAAGACGUGCAGCAGGCCACAGAUAUUGAUCGAGUCUUUGACUGGAUUGCCUAUAAAAAGGGUGCAGCUUUAAUUCGAAUGCUGGCUAAUUUUAUGGGUCACUCAGUAUUUCAGAUGGGCCUACAAGAUUAUUUAACUAUUCACAAGUAUGGCAAUGCUGCAAGGAAAGACCUAUGGAAUACACUGUCAGAGGCACUUAAGAAGAUUGGGAAAUUUGUGAAUAUCCAAGAGGUAAUGGAUCAGUGGACACUCCAGAUGGGUUACCCUGUUAUCACUAUCAAGAGAAAUGACAAUACAGACAGUAUUAUAGGAAUCUCUCAAGAUCGCUUUGUUUAUGACCUUGAUAAAGAUCCCGGUUUGAGAAACAACAGCUACUUGUGGCAGAUUCCAUUAACAAUUGCAGUAGGAAAUACAAGCCACAUCUCAUCAGAGGCAAUUAUAUGGGUGUCUAACAAAUCAGAACAUCAUAGAAUUGCAUAUCUUAAUGGAGUUACUUGGCUGCUUGGAAACAUCAAUCAAGCUGGCUACUUUAGGGUUAACUAUGACAUUAGAAACUGGAGAUUGAUAAUUGACCAACUAAUGAGAAACCAUAAAGUAAUCUCUGUCAGUAAUCGUGCAGGUUUGAUCGAUGAUGCAUUCAAUUUAGCCAGGGCUGGCUAUUUGCCCCAGAAUAUUCCACUUGAGAUUAUUAGAUACCUGUCAAAGGAAAAGGAAUUUCUACCUUGGCAUGCUGCUAGCCGAGCUCUUUAUCCUCUAGAUAAGUUGCUGGACCGCACAGAGAACUACAAUAUGUUCAAUGAGUACAUUUUGAGACAAGUUGCUUCAAUGUAUCUAAAGCUGGGAUGGCCAACGAAUAAUUUGGAGAAAUCUUUGGUUCAAGCUUCCUACCAGCAUGAGGAGUUCCGCCGUGAAGUGAUUAUGCUGGCUUGCAGCUUUGGUAACAAGCAUUGCCACCAGCAGGCUGCAACGCUAAUCUCUGACUGGAUCUCCAGCAAUAGAAACAGAAUACCACCAAAUGUAAGAGACAUUGUCUACUGCACUGGAGUUUCACUGAUGGAUGAAGAUGUAUGGGAAUUCAUCUGGAUGAAAUUCCACUCAACUACAGCAGUAUCAGAGAAGAAAAUAUUAUUAGAAGCUUUAACCUGUAGUGAUGACAGAAAUUUGUUAAACAGGCUUCUUAACCUGUCUCUUAAUUCAGAAGUUGUCCUGGAUCAGGAUGCAAUUGAUGUCAUAAUCCAUGUAGCCAGAAAUCCACAUGGAAGAGAUCUUGCUUGGAAAUUUUUUAGAGAAAAGUGGAAAAUACUGAAUGCAAGAUACGGAGAAGCGUUAUUUAUGAAUUCAAAACUGAUAAGUGGAGUCACAGAAUUUCUUAAUUCAGAGAGUGAAUUGAAUGAGCUAAAGAAAUUUGUAAAGAAUUAUGGGGAGAGAUCUGCUGCCUCUUUCUCUCGAGCUGUGGAAACAGUGGAAGCGAAUGUCCGGUGGCAGAUGAUUUACAAAGAAGAAUUAUUUCAGUGGUUGAGAAAAACACUUGCACACUAAUCUGUGUUUCUGGCAAAGACCUAGUACAAGUUUUGCAAGAUGAGAAGCACAGUGGGAACUUUCAGAAAACUGACUAGAAAUCCAGCAAAGACAAGUUCAAGUUGGAAGGACAAUUAAAUAGAGAUAUAUUAUAUUUUUGCACCAAAUUCCUCAGAACUGUUAAAUGAUUAGGGGCACGCUGACAAAGAGGAAUGGUCAUGAAUCCCAUCCCUACUAUUCCAUGGCCAAGUGUGAUAUUAAGUGGUGCAUGUAAAUGUUAAUGUCAGUUUUGUUGGAGAAAACCCCUGAGAAUAUUUGUGCAUGGUUUUAUGGUUCCUGCCUGUAUUUCAGCAUGCUUACUUCAGAUGUCCAUGUUUUGUAUGUGAAUUUCUGUUGCAUCAAAGAUGGGCAUUAUGCAAAAGCACAAAGACUCUUAUGACAAUCAGUGAUAUAACAACAAGGUAGGAUGGAAAGAAAGACGUUAAAGAUACAAAUGAACAAGUGAUAACAUCUCCCCUUUCCAUGGUGCUGGCCAGUUUUACUUUUAAAUUCUCUUUAAGUUGCUCUUUCAAUGCUAAUCCUUUUUUGAGUUGUAAACAGUAAUAUAAAUUACAAUCCAAAGAUUUCUCUUUUUAAAUCAAGAAUAUGUAUGUAUUUAGAGGCAGAAUAUUUUCACAGUAAGUUAUAAUUUUAAAAAAUACCUUUAUCCAUUACUCAUCGUCUUUUGAUAGAUUUACCUUCAUAAGCUAGUUUACAGCAUCUAGUUUGCAUAUAUGGUGGGGUGGGGGGAGAGUAAAAAAUAAGUCUUUUGCAUUAUGUCUUUUCAGCAAAAGUAUUCGGUAGACAUUAUAUUGUUCUUUGAUAGUUGCAUAUAUGAUAGAAAAAUAAAGUGAGAGAAAGAACAGAACAGAAGCAGGGGAAAACUGGAAAAUAUGUGAACUAAAAGAACUUCCUAGGUAAUGUUUAAACUGUAAGAAACACCCAUUCCCCCCCUACCAUCCUUGUCAGUAUGAGCAUCUUGUUUCUUCAUAGAUAGCCUAUUAAAAUCCAAUGAAAUGGAUGACAUUUGAGCAAUUGUUAAGGCUCAAAUUUGAAAAAUAAUCCUUUGCAUCUAUUUCACUUUUUAAAAAAAUUUAGCUAAGGCAUUUUCUAAUGCAAUUCAAAGGCAUCAAUACGACUAUUAAAAAUUAUCCCCAUUUAAUAUAAUGGCCUUAUUGAGAGUAGCAUUGGAAUUUCUAUAAAGAUUUACCAAAUAAUAACCUAGCUGGAAUGAAGCAAUUCUUAUAAUUUAUCAUAUUCUUCAUCACAGGGAAGCGAUAUUCUUCAAUAUCUUUUAAUGGAAGAAAAUAACAAUUAAUGACUAUACCCUACAACUUAGAAGUUUUUUCUGCUUUUUAUUAUUUUUAGUUGUUUAUGAUCUUUGUGCUCCAACUCUAACAUGGAAUUUUAAAAAAAAUCCACUCAUAAUGGAAAUAGGUACGGUAGUUAUUUUAUCUUGUAAUUCAUGUAGAAAAACAGUGUGACUCACAUAUUAAUGUCACAAUAUGGUAAACUGCAGUUUUUCAUUAUAUAUAGCUAUAUAAGCUAUAUGUGGGAGUUUGCUACAAACUGGUAAAUGAAAUAAUUGCAUUCUUUAUUGGAGAUUUCCUAGUAGCAGGGAGCGGGGAAUCACAUUUAAAGAAUUGCCUAUGAAAAAUUGCCUAUAGUGAAUAUAGAUUAUUUUGUUAUGUUAAAUCUGUAAGUUAUAGUUUUGCAACAUCUCACUUUGCUUUAGUUUAUCAACAAGUAAAUAUUAAGUUAAAUAUAUAAGCUUUUAAUUUACCAUUUUCUUCAUUCUCGAACAGCUCUUUAGGGCUUUAUGCAAGCAAGAAUUAAAAUAGAUAUUUCAUUUUUGCUUUUUUAUGAUGCUAAGGAGCUGCUCUUAUCUACACUAAAGUCAUACAAGUUUUCAUCUUGUCAGAAGAUAUUAGGAGCAAGUUCCUAAGAGUGAAAACAGUUAAGGAAUGGAACAAUCUGUCUUUAAAAAUUGUAGUCUCCCAGCCUCCUAUCAAGCAUGAUUAGUAGAUUCCUGAAAUGAAGGAGGAUUGGACUAGAAGACUUGUCAGUUCCCACUUACACAUUCUGUGAUGAGAAGAAUCAAAGAAUCUAACACAUAGCAGGUUGUUCAGAUUAAUUUCAAAGAUUAUUUAAGAUUUGUGUCAAUUUCACAAAAAGGUGUUCUUAUGAUAUCUUCAUUCUAAAAUCCAAGAAGAGAAACCACAAAACUAAAAGUGGGAAAGAAGAAAACUUUUUUUUUCUUUUUGAAGGAAAAUAAAUGGUAUAGGGCCAGUGUAGCGUAAGGAAGAGUUUAUUAUGGAGGACAACGUUUUAUAGUGUGAAAGCUAUUUAAUGAUGUCUCCUAAGAUAAGUUAAUGCAACCUACAGACCACCAUGCUUUUUGGACACUUCAUUAUGGAAGAAUGUUUUGAUAUCCUUUACCGUAAAUCUAGGCCAUAUUUAAAGCAUUGCUUUGCAGAUACAUUUGUUAAUUUCUUGGUAUUAGAAGGAAUCGUGAUUAUGAAAAAGAUAAUAUAUUAUCAAAUGUUAGGUGCACAAUAGUCAAGUUUGAAUUCUUAAAAUAGUCUGAGUUUUUACAAUUCUUGCUAGUUGGGCCUGGGGUAAGGCAGCAUGUUUUAAUAUUCCCAUUGUGAAAGUUACCUAUCACAAGUUUCUGACUUUUCCAAUGAGAAUGAAAAAAUAUUAGAAGCAUUUAUUCAGAUUCCUGUGUAUGAUUUACUGCUUGCUUUUAUUCUAUUUUAAGUAUUUCAUUGUUCUUAUUUUUAGAAAUUAAACAUUUUCAUGUUUAAAUACUAUUAAUUUAAUAUUUAAAUCUAUACCUUGAACGUAAUCUAAACCUCUGUUUUCCUAAAUGCACAAAAAGUAAAAAAUAAAAAAAGUAGUGGCAUUUCAAAAAUCAAGAAAAAAAUGAAAUCAUCAAAUAAGAACACACCUGAACUUGAAUUUUAUUUUAUUUAUUAAUUGAGGCGUGCCCUAAAUAUUCUCUAUGGCUCUUUAACAACCAGGCAUUCCACUGUAUGUUUCCUUAAAGUUUUAUGUUGUUAUUUCUUGUCAGAUUUCUUAAUACUUCAAUGGAUACAGAAUACUCUUAUCCAAAUGUUCCUAAAUUAAACUAUGCAGUAACUAUUUUUGUACUAUUCGUUGCCAUGGAAUAGAAGUAAAAGCACAGUUUAAAACAUGCAAGUCUUCAUUUAUGUUGGAUUGCUGUAGUGCAUUUUCCCCCCAACUUGGUGCCUUCCAAAUUAGUUGGACUUCAACGUACUGCAGAUUGCUAAGGUUGAAAUACAAACCUUCUAGAGGACAUUCAACUGGGAAAGCCUAGUAGAUUGCUUGAAUUGUAGGUCUAUAAAAUAAUAACAUUGUUAUUCCUGUAUUUCAGAGAACAUGCAUAUUUGCGAGUAUGAUUUGAUUUCUUUCUUACAUGGUCUCAUAGGUCUCCUUCAGAGAACCAGGCAGCUGGCAAGCCUUUAUGUCUUGCUUUCCAGUGCCUAUUCUCCACCUUGUUACACAUUCUCGGUGUAUAAUGGUUUUAUUGUAUUUGUAAGUCAUAGCACGUGUGGUGCUUUAUUGCUCCUCUAGUAUGCUUAGUGAAUCAUCACACACUGAUAUUUUGCUAAUUCAAAUCACCAAUGAGCAUAUCAUCUGCCUACCAUUUUAAUAUGUUUUAAGUUUCAAUAUUUCACUUACGUGGUGAAGGCAGGAGAAAUUUUAAAAAUUAUGCUAUACUCAAUAAAGAGUUUCAGACAUAAUAGAAUGCAGUGUUAGAUAGUAAUAAGAGCAAUUUGUUGAAGUCUCUCCAUACAUUAAACUGGAAAUACUGCUGUGUCAUUAUGUCAUCUUUUCAUUUUAUGUUAUACCCUAUUUCCCUGAAAAUAAGACAUCCCCUGAUAAUAAGCGCAAUCGGGCUUUUGAGCGCAUGCGCUAAAAUACGAACCCCCCCUGAAAAUAAGCCCUCCCCAAAAGUAUUUAAAUGCAUGCGCAGCUAGUCCCCGCCAUUUCCUCUGGUUUCCUCCAUGUGCCCCAAAAUAAUAAGACCUCCCCCAAAAUAAGGCCAAGUGCUUAUUUCGGGAUUCAAAAAAAUAUAAGACAGGGUCUUAUUUUCGGGGAAACUAAACUACGUUCAACUAGAGAUAGCCAUUUCAUUUGAAAAUAUAUUUUAUUUGUAUGCUUGCUUUCCUAUAUUUCUUGCCUUCACUGUGAGUGGAAAAUGUUUGGCUUCUUGCUAUAUAGUCAGAAGAAAUAUCUCUACUGGGUACCAGUUCAAAUUAAAACACCACUAAAUUCUGUUUGAGACAAUGUUUAUAUUUCAAAAUACGAUAAAAGGAUUCAUAUUUUUAUGAAGCUUGACCUGAUUUAUCUCAUAUGAUAUUACAAUUGAUAGCUGAUUUAUACAUGUUAUAUUUAGAAAUUCCUUAUUUUAAAUCUGUUUUCCAUCACAACUUUACUUAGAUGGCCCUUAUUAAACCAUCAACUAACCUAUCUUUAUCACAUUCAAAAAACUGAAUGGUGAAAAAAAUAUAUAAAAUUAUGCAGAUACUGAAGCAGAGCAGAUAUAUACAUAUUGAGAGAGAGAGAGAGAGAAAGAGAGAGAUGCAAAUGCUGUUUUCAUUAUAAUCCAUCAAAAUAGAAUCUGCAAAAAAACCUCAUAUUCUGGCCAAUGUUGAAAAAAAGCAUAGAAUGAUGAUUUGCUAACUUGUCAAUAUCAACUUGCUGUGACCACUAAGGUAGAUCUUCUCCAGGAUGAUCUAUCCCCAGCCUAGGACUUCAGAUCUCUCAACACUGCAUUCAUUGCUGUUAUAAUCAAGUAUAUCUUGAUUGUCCUCUUUUCUUCCAUCUUUCUCACCAUUUUGGGCCCUCAUGGAGCUGGGUUUUUGUUAUAAAAUAUGUUAAUUUAAGCCUGGUUAUUUGGGCCUCAAGUGGAAAUUUUUGGUAAUUUUUUUAAUGUUUCUUUUCUUGACUGUCAGUGGUAUUUUAAAGUGUUUUCUCCAACAACAAAGUUCAAAAGUAUCAAUACUCUUUCCAUCCUGGUUCUUCAAAGUCCAAAUUUCACUUUCGUUAGAUAUCACAGGAAAAAUCAUGCCUGCAUGAUUCUGCAUUUUUCUAGGUAGAGACAUAUCACUAUACCUGAAUAUCUUUCCAGGUUCUUCAUUGCUUUCUUAUCAGUUGCUAGUUCUAAGGUAUUUCUCAACU